AUGCAAGCACCAGACCCUACGAAUAAGUUCGAUUAUACCGACAAGGUCUUGGAGAUAAUUAGAGGCCAAGAUGUCGCUGAUGAGUCAAUUGUACAAAAAAUACGGGACAUUUUUGUUCAGAUAGACGCUGAUGUAGAGGCUGAUGGAAUCAAUCUUAUGGCGGAAUAUGAAAAAGCAAUAAAGGAAGAAGAGAGGGCGGAGGCGAGAGCAGAAGCGAAAGCGAAGGCAGAAAGUGCUGAAGCUCAGGAAAGACGAGAGGAAAGAGCCGAGAGAAGAUUAACUCAUGAAGAUACCGAGGCUGCCGUGGAAGUUAUACGUGCUAUACAUCAAACAACUGCGCCUCUUCGUCACAAUAAAUGGCGAAAGCCAAACGCAGGGUUCACAAACAAAAAUAUCAGAAUCAUAGGCAAGAUCGGCCAGGGCGGUUUUGGAGCAGUAUACCUUAUUGAGAAUAUUGAGACUAAGGUUCAGUAUGCAAUGAAGACCCAGCUUGUGAGAGAAAAUGACGAUGUACCAAUGAUGUCACCCCCAGCAUGGAGGGGAGCCGAAACUCCUCCUGUCACACCUUCUUCUGAGGCUUCGAAGAGAUCCGCGAAAGCAAUGAAAGAGCGGCAUUUAAUGACUAAACGGUUCAAUGAAACUAAAUGUUAUUUGCAAUAUAUACGUUCUAGUCAUCCUUCUAUCUGCAACUUGGAAGCUUUUUUCGACUUAGAACAACCAGAAGAUAACGGCCACUGCCAUAUCUUUGAGUAUUGUCAAUGGGGGACUUUGGAAAAUAUCGUAACGCAGUACUAUGAUACACCACGCUGGGGCUCAGGAGAGCCCGAGGGGUCUUUCUGGGCUCACAAACCAAAAGAUAUGCCAACAAUAUACAAGCACGCAGCAAUACCAGAAGCGUUCAUUUGGCAUGUCUAUAUGCAGACAAUGGAAGCUCUUAGUUUCCUUCAUGGUGACCACGAACUCAAUAAGAAGCCAGAGUUCCACUCACGCAAUCAAGUUAUUUGCCUUGAUAUCAAGUUGGACAACAUAUUUUUGAAGGACCCUGGGAAACCAAACACGUAUCCGAUUGUAAAAAUUGGGGAUUUUGGAGAAGCUACCUAUGUGCCAUAUGGAGAACUCCGCUGGCAUGACACGGGAAACACGAUAUGCAAGGCGCCCGAGGAACCUUAUUUAAGUGCCAAAUAUGACGUUUGGUGUGUCGGGAUGUCAUUGUACAUUUUGUCGCACUCGGGUAGACGACCAAAGAGACCUGAAGUAGACGGAGAGCAAGAUCAAAAGGAUAAGCCGAAAUGGGGUUUAUGCGAUCCACAUCUUUCUAAAGUUUUGGCUAACGAGCUUGAAAAGCCAAGAGAAAUGGAAGUAGAAAAGAGAUGGACUGCAGCCCAAAUCUUAGACCAUAUAAGACCAAUAGCUGAAGAAACGAUACGUUUGACGUAUAGACGUUUGCAAAAUUGGGCACGACCGGAGUUACAGGUAACAUUCGAGGAAGGUAUUAUUGAACGGGUUGAAGGGGGAGGAGCGCUCAGUGAGAUUUCAGAAAGUAGUUAUGAUGAUGAUUAUGAUGAUAGUGAUGAUGAUGAUGAUGAUGAUGGUAGUGAUGAUGGUGAUGAUGAUGGUGGCGAUGAGAUAGUCAAUGAACCUUCUGGGGGAGGAGAAGGGGGAGCUAUUGGUGGGGUAGAAGUAGAAGUGGAAAUUCGACCCCCGCGCCCACCUGGUACUCCAGACUCUGGAGAAAAGAGAACCAAAGAGCAGGAAGCCAAAGAGAAGGAGGCCAGAGAGAAGGAGGCCAGAGAGCAGCAAGCCAGGGUGCAGCAAGCGAUAGAGCAGUUAGCCAAGGAGCAGCAAACCACAGAGCAUUUAGCCAAAGAGCACUUAACCCAAAAGCAAUUGGCCGAAAAGCACUUAACCACAGGGCGGAUAGGCAAAAAGCAAUUUGUUAGAGAGCAGCGACUCAGAGAGCAGCAGGCCAGAGAGCAAUUAGCCAGAGUGCAGCAAGCUACAGAACACUUAGCCAGAGAGCAACAAAAGGAAUUGGAAAGACAGCAAGAAGAGGAGUUGAAAAGACAACGAGAAGUGCAACUGAGAAGACAACGAGAAGAGGAAUUGAAAAGACGACGAGAAGAGGGCCAAGUACCAGAAAGUCCAUCACUCGCGCCGCCCCAGAAAAGGCGAUUGAUUAGAUAUAAAAAACACCGAGCUUACCGGGAUUGGUCAAUGGCUUUUGAAUCAGUCCAUCUACAAACGUUGAAACCUGACAUAUCUUUCAAUGAGAUUUUGACAACGAAAAUCUUUCUGUUUUCGGAACUGUCCACAAUAAAGUAA